UCUCCCCCGUAGCGGCGGCGGCGGAAUGGGGUGGGCGCUGCUGUGCGUGGGGCUGCUCCUGGCGCUGUACACGCUGCUCCGGCACGGGCUGCGCAGCGCCCCGCGGCCCCGCGCCCGCCCCGCGCUGCGGGGCCGCACCGCCAUCGUCACCGGGGGAAGCAGCGGCAUCGGGGCGGCCACGGCGCUGGAGCUCGCCCGGUGCGGGGCCCGAGUUAUCCUGGCGACCCGCAACGCCCUGCGGGGAGAGGCCGCCGCCAGCCGCAUCCGCACGGAGACAGGGAAUGAAGAGGUGCGGUUCAUGCACCUGGACCUCGCCAGCCUGCGCUCAGUGCGAGCCUUUGCCAGCACCUUCCUGUGCCAGGAGCCCCACCUGCACCUCCUCAUCAACAACGCCGGGGUGAGCGCCGGGGGCACAACAGAGGAUGGCUUCAGCCUCCCCUUCCAGGUGAACCACCUGGGCCACUUCCUGCUGACCCAGCUGCUGCUGGAGCGGCUGCGGAGCUGCGGGCCCAGCCGGGUGGUCAUCGUCGCCUCCAGCGCCCACUGCGCCGGCCGCCUGCGCCCAGAGUCCCUGGGCCGCCCUCCCCCAGGGCUCUUCUCUGCCUUCCAGGACUACUGUGACAGCAAGCUGGCCAACGUGCUGCACGCCCGCGAGCUGGCCACGCGGGAGCAGGACACACAGGUCACCUGCUACGCCGUGCACCCAGGUGGCUGCUGUGGCUCUGAUCAGAAGCAGUAUGUGUAUGGAGGCUGGGCUUGGGCUUGGUGGUGCAUUACUGACACUCAGAGAUAUGCUCCCUCGGCUGCAUUCUGUCCCUGUCUUGCAUUACCUGUGAGGAGUGUGGCAGGUAGCCUGGGGCAGGAGAUGCAAAGGGAAGAGGUGAAGAUAAUGACCGAGAAGGAGCUCCUGGCUGUGGCCUGUGAGCAGUUCUUGGGGAAGAACGUGCAGGAUGUGAAGAACGUGGUCCUUCAGACGCUGGAGGGACACCUGCGCUCCAUCCUAGGGACCCUGACAGUGGAGCAGAUCUACCAGGACAGGGACCAGUUUGCCAAGCUGGUGCGGGAGGUGGCAGCCCCUGACGUGGGUCGCAUGGGGAUCGAGAUCCUGAGUUUCACCAUCAAGGAUGUCUAUGAUAAAGUGGAUUACCUGAGCUCCCUGGGGAAGACUCAGAUUGCAGCUGUCCAAAGGGAUGCAGACAUUGGAGUGGCAGAAGCCGAGCGGGAUGCUGGCAUUCGGGAGGCAGAGUGCAAGAAAGAAAUGAUGGAUGUCAAGUUCAUGGCAGAUACCAAAAUAGCAGAUUCCAAACGGGCAUUUGAAUUGCAGAAAGCUGCCUUCACUGAGGAGGUCAACAUUAAGACUGCAGAGGCCCAGCUGGCCUACGAGCUGCAGAGCGCCCGGGAGCAGCAGAAGAUCCGUCAGGAGGAAAUCGAAAUCGAGGUGGUGCAGCGCAAGAAGCAGAUCGAUGUGGAGGAGAAGGAGGUGAUCCGGAUGGAGAAGGAGCUGAUGGCCACCGUGAGGCAGCCGGCCGAGGCCGAGGCCUAUCGCAUCCAGCAGAUCGCCGAGGGAGAGAAGGUGAAGCAAAUCCUCCUUGCUCAGGCAGAGGCAGAAAAGAUCCGCAAGAUCGGAGAAGCAGAGGCUUUUGUGAUCGAGGCCAUGGGGACGGCGGAGGCUGAGGGGCUGAAGCUGAAAGCAGAAGCGCUCCAGCAGUAUGGAGAAGCUGCCAGGCUGGCUCUAGUGCUGGAUGCACUGCCUGAGAUCGCUGCCAAAGUGUCUGCUCCCCUCUCCAAAGUGGAUGAGAUUGUUAUUCUCAGCGGAGACAAUAACAACACCAUGUCCGAGGUGAACCGUCUGCUGGCUGAGAUUCCCACCUCCGUGCGCGCCCUCACUGGUGUGGAUCUCACAAAGCUUCCCCUGUUCCAGAAAGCCACCGUGGCCAAGGAAUGAGGUUGGCCAACCCAAAGCUAGUGAAGAUCACUCCCUGUUAUGCACUCAGACAUCAACUGCCUUCGACACGUGGGAAUUCCUUUUAUAUCAAAGACAAUCUGGUUUUCAUUUGUAACUGGUGCCUUAUUUUGUAGGGCCAGAAAGAUGCAUGUCCUGUCUGCUGCUCUUUUUAUUCCAAGGGUGGGAGGGGAUUUAUUUUGUAAUUAACUAUGUAUUGUCUCAGGCCAAUCCCUCCCCAGAUACGACUGGCAGCUUGUCUGGUGUUGCAGUCCCAGUGCCUUGCUGUUCUCUGCCCUCAGGUGAGCGCCCAGAGCUCGAGGCAGAGGCUUGGUGGGAUGUGGAGCUGUAGGAAGAGAACAGCCAGGCCCCCCCUGCUCUCCCUCAGUGACCCUCCUGGGCACUGCCCCAGCCCUGUCUCCCACAGCUGUCCCUGUGGCUGGCUCUCCCUGUCCAGUGUCUCACCCCCAGUGCCCCUGCAGUGCCAGCAGCCCUGCCCAGGCUGGGCUUCCCAGAGGUGGCAGUCACCCCCCAGGAGAGUGACAAUCCAGCACUGCCAGUGGUGCUGCCCACUCCCAUGCUACUUCCCCUUGAGGAAGUUUCCUUGUGGGAUCUGGAGCGGGAAAAGCUCUGAGGGGCAGAGGGAGCCCAGCUCAGCCAUGGUGAGAUCCCACCACCAGGAAUACCAAAAAGUAGUGCUGUGCCAAAGCCACCUGUCCCCUAAGAGGGCAGGGAAGCCACUGCAGCUGCUGUCCCUGGGUGCUGUGGUACAUCCUGACCCCACAACCACUAAAACUGUGGGUCAGAGGUGGGGGGGACCAGCAGGACACCUGAGUGGGGACAGGCUCCUCCUGUACGGCUGCCUGGGGACCAGUGGCCCUGUGGCUGGGUGCUGGCCAGGACCUGCCCCAACAGGUAGUGCAGGAACCCCUACCUCACUCCCUCCCCUUGCCUCUUAUGGCCAGUGGCUUUGCUGCCUUGUGACAAUGUGAAAGGGGUUGUCUCGUGUAUGUCUGUCCUCCCUGCAGUGCCACCAGGGCCCUGGCUGGCCCAUGUCCCUUCCCCGCCUGUCUUGAUGCCUGUGCUCGAUGUGGCUGUUACGGCCAGACCCGUGUGUGAGGUCAGCCUGGCGCUGCUGGUGAGGUCAGCCUGCGCUGUGGUGGGGUUUUGGGGGUCCCUCCACUAGCUCCUGCACCCCCCAGCUCGGUGCUGGUUGCCAUAGAGUGGGGGAAGGUCCCUCUCCACUGUCCCGGGGGACAGCCAGUCCCUUUGCCGGGAGUGACCCACUGCAGAGGGGUGGGUGCUGCGGGGCCCCCCAUCCCCUCCCUGCGGCCGGGGCGGGGGGACCGGCAUUAUCAGCCCCCGGCUGGUGCCGGCCCGCGGGCGGUGGGUGCAGAUCUGGCGCUGGCCAGCAGGCGUGCCGGGCCCGGCCCUGUAUCUGCAUGUGCCUGCGCCUGCCGCCCGCUGCUGUGAGAUAAUAAACCCGUGUCACCUCC